UGAACCAACACUGAAUGAAAACAGUGGACAUCACUCUUCACUAGCUGCUCAUUCUAAAAGUUAUUCUAACCCCCUCAAUUCCUCUCCUCAAAGAAUCUAAUGGUAGUUUUUAGUAAUUUAUAGGGGAACAAAGAAUGAAACCGCCAGUUGCAAUAGCACUAUUAAUAGUUGAAGCAAGAAUUGUGUGAGUCGAUCUCUGUUCCUUAUUCCAUUCCAUUUUGUGUAAAGGGAAAGUGGGAUGCUCUUUAUUUGCUCAGAAAUAAAAGGGAAAGUUUUCUGAGAGCUGAAAACUACUGGGUUUUGUUAAUGGCUACUUCUCUUCUCAUUGCUUUCAUCAUCUUCUUCAUUGCUCAAGCCUCUGCCGAGCUCCCUGAUGAACCCACAAUGGCAGCUUUAAAGGAAGAGCUCUCAGUCCCUGAAUGGAGCUCCCCCAACUCAAACUACUGCUCAUGGCGAGGUGUCACUUGCAACCAAUCAACCCAGUUAGUUGAAAAGCUUGAGCUCUCAAGGCUGGGGCUCAGAGGUAACAUCUCUCUGAUCUCUAAGCUCACUUCAUUGCAAAGUUUGGAUCUUUCUUCCAAUUCGUUUCAUGGGUCUAUUCCUUCUUCAUUUGGGGACUUGGUUGAGCUUGUGUACUUGGAUUUGUCCAUGAACAAGUUUGAGAGCUCGAUCCCUUCGUCUCUUGGUAGCAUUGUGAGCCUAAAAUCUUUGAACCUUUCGAAUAAUUUGCUUACUGGGCAAAUACCCAAUUCACUCAAGAGCCUUGAGAAGUUAGAAGAGCUGCAGAUUUCUGGGAAUAGUUUGGGUGGGUAUAUCCCUGAUUGGAUUGGGAAUUUCUCUGAGUUGAGGUUGUUUUCAGCUUAUGAGAAUAGACUCAGUGGUGGUAUUCCUAAGAAUUUGGGCCUGUUUUCAAAGCUACGAGUGCUGAACCUGCACUCUAACAAUCUAAAUGGGGUGAUCCCUGAAAGCAUUUUCAGUUCUGGGGAGCUGGAAAUUUUAGUGCUGACUGUAAAUGGAUUGAAUGGGAGAAUUCCUGAAUCAAUAGGGAACUGCAAAUGGUUGUCGAGUGUUCGAAUUGGAAAUAAUAGGCUCGUUGGGCGCAUUCCUUUGUCGAUUGGCAACGCGAGUAGUUUGACAUACUUUGAGGCUAAUGAUAAUCUUCUCUCUGGAGAGAUUCCAAAGGAAUUUGCAAAAUGCUCAAAUCUUACUCUGUUGAAUUUGGCUUCUAAUUUGUUAGCGGGUGUCGUCCCCUUGGAGUUUGGUGAUCUCAAAAACCUUCAGGAGCUGAUUUUAUCGAACAAUAGUCUUACUGGAGACAUCCCUAAAUCUCUACUCAAGUGUAGGAAUUUAAGUAAGCUCGAUAUGAGCAAUAACAAAUUAAUUGGAAGUUUGCCUAUAAACCUAUGUGAUACAUCGAGACUUCAAUUUUUGCACUUAGAUCGCAAUGCAAUUACUGGUGAAAUACCUCAUGAGAUUGGCAACUGUGUUAGAUUACUUGAACUGCAAUUGGGAAGCAACUUAUUAUCUGGAACUAUACCUUCUGAGAUAGGCAGAAUCAAGAAUUUGCAAAUUGCUUUGAAUCUCAGCUUCAAUCAGUUAUAUGGGCCAUUGCCUGAAGAAUUGGGUAAGCUCGAUAAAUUGGUCAGCCUGGACGUAUCAAACAAUAAGCUUUCAGGAACUAUUCCAAUGGAGCUCAAGGGCAUGUUGAGCUUAAUAGAGGUUAACUUCUCAAACAAUGAGCUAACUGGCCAAAUUCCAAUCUUUGGUCCAUUUCAGAAUAGCCCUUCAUCAAGUUUUUCUGGCAAUAGAGAUCUCUGUGGUAAUCCACUAAAUUCUUCUUGCGGGUAUCUGGAAAAUGAAUACGAGGUUGAUAAUCACAAAGUUUCUUACAAGAUAGUCUUAGUUGUUGUUGGCUCUGGUUUAACUGUUUUCACUACAGUAUCAGUUAUUGUGAUUCUCUUCAUGUUAAGAGAGAAGCAAGAAUUGAGUGCAAAAGCUGCCAAGGCAACAGGAGAUUCUGCUUCUAUUCCUAAUCCUGUGAUAGUAGCUGGAAAUGUCUUUGCUGAUAGCAUGAAGCAAGCCGUAGAUUUUGAUAGUGUUGUCAAGGCGACAUAUAAAGAUUCAAAUAAGCUGAGCAAUGGAACAUUUAGCACUGUAUAUAAAGCAAUCAUGCCAUCAGGUCUUGUUCUCUAUGUGAAACAGCUCAAAUCUGUGGAUAAAACAGUAGUUCACUAUCAAAACAAGAUGACAAGGGAGCUUGAGAGGCUGGGAAAGCUCUCUCAUGCUAAUCUAAUGAGGCCUAUUGGUUAUGUGAUUUAUGAAGAUGUAGCAUUAUUGCUUCACAAUCACAUGCCUAAUGGGACACUUGCUCAAUAUCUUCAUGAAACUCCUCAAGAUGAGUACAAGCCAGACUGGCCUAUGAGGCUAAGUAUUGCUAUUGGUGUUGCUGAAGGAUUGGCUUUUCUUCAUCAGGUUGCUACCAUUCAUUUGGAUAUUUCAUCAAGUAACAUAUUUCUUGAUUCUCAGUUCAAUGCGCUUAUUGGGGAGAUUGAGAUAUCCAAGCUCCUGGACCCGUCGAAAGGUACUGCAAGCAUCAGUGCAGUGGCUGGCUCAUUUGGUUAUAUUCCUCCUGGUAAAUAUUCUUUACAUUAUGUGUUUGGGUAAAUUUCAUUUAUUCCUUAGGUUUCUAGCAAUAGGACAUAUCCCCCAAAGUUUUUUUCCUCCUCCAAUGUUUCUAUCAGGCACAUUUAUUCCCCUAAGACUUUUUGUUAAUCUACCCUUUUAAAGCGGUCGCAUGCUAAGAACGUGAUACGAUUGUGGACGUAAUUAAGCAUUAUAUUUCUCCUUUUAGUAACGCUUCAUUUCUCUUUUUGGUAUCUGUGGCAUUGAUAGAUCCAAAGUAACCUAAAAGUCUUUUUUUUCCGUAACGCUUCCUUUCUCUUUACUUCAUAACGCGGCAUUUCUCUUUUCUUCGUGACGCUUCAUAUCUCCCUUUUUUUGUGACACUUCACAUCGUAACGCUUCAUUUCGUAAUGCAUCAUUUCUUCUCUCUCAUUUUCUUGUUCAUUACAAGUUACUUGUUUCUAUUUUCAUAUUGACCUCUUUGCUAGAAUUUUAAUAGUAUUCGAACUAUAUAUGGAGACUUUCCUCUUUUAUCUUUAUUAAAAAUUUGUCAUAUUUUGGGCAUGUUUGGCUAAUACUUAUUUUUUGGCAACUUAUAAGUCACAAAAUAAGUAAAUAAGUAAACUUCACCAAACAUGAUUUUGGAAGCUAAGUAAAACCCCACUUUUAAGUUAAAAUAAAUAGGUUUCCAAACAUGCACUUUAAAAUGUGCAUGCUAAUAUGAAAAGGAUUUUUUUUGUCAUUUGACAAAGAGUUAAGUGAGGGGUUAAGGAGUGUUAGCCCCUCAGUUUUUCAAACACAAAAAUUCUACACCAGAAAUAAAGUGAGUUAACCCUUCAUAGUUUGCCAAACACAAAAAAUACAAAGGAUUAAGACAACCUUUUUACAGGGAGGGGUUGAAAUGAGUUAACCCUGACUAGUUUUGUUAAACUCCUAUUUAAGCAGGUUAACCAUGGUAACCCCUUUAUUUAUAAAGAAACUAGUCAUAGUCCCCACUAUUCCCAUACACUAAAAAGUGAUACAAGGAUUAAAAUAAAUCUUACUUAGCAUGUUAACAUAACCCUGUAGGUUAACAAGUGAGCUAACUAUAUUAACCUUUCUCCUCCGUUCCCCUUCCUUGAACCUUUGCCAAAUGGGGGACAAGUCUCCCAUUAACAACAUUGGUUACUUCUAUUUGCCAAUUAGUCUUGAGGAGAAACGUGUAGAGGAAAAGGUUUCAAUUUUGGAAGAGUAAAUGCCAUUUACCCUAUCAUUCUUUUAUAACUCUAUUUAGGAUAAUAGCUGAUACAACAUUAUGGUGUUUAUGUGUAUUGUUUCAU